GCCUUUUUCUCUAUUUCAAUUUUGGUAUGUUCAUGUCAAUCAUAUUGAUUAUUGAUUUAAUUGCCCUGUUUAAUAAUCUACAUGUUCAUCAACAAGUAACCAGGUUGAAGGAGGUGUAGGGGACAGCUCUAUCUGAAAAAAGAAAAAUCUACUUCCUGAACUUUUUCUAAGAAAAGAUUCAAUUUUUAAUCUGUCAUGCAUGACUAAUCACUUUCAUGUGAUACUCACAAGUAUGCAUAAAAUGCACCCAACUAUAAGAGUCCAAAAAAUUUUGUUCUUGUUUUUUUUUUUCAAUUGGUUGCAAACAAAUCUCAAUUUGUUAACUUGCCAAGGACCACCUAACUUUAAAUAGCAUCCAAGAAAAAAGCUUGGUGACUCAUACCCCUACCCGAGAAAAUGAGGAAGAGCUCACUCUUUGCGUCCUUUUUUAUUCUCCAUAUUCUUACUCUUUCCUGUAUUCUUCUCACACCAACUCAUUCCUCUGAUGGUGAUUUGGUGGCCCAAAUAUGCCGAAAGACUCCCUUUUAUGAUCUCUGCAGCUCCAUCUUACACUCAAAUCCCUUGGCCCCUAAAAGUGAUCCAAAGGGUAUGGCCCUCAUAAUGGUGAAUAACAUUCAGGCAAAUGCUACUGACACACUGAGUUACAUCGAAGAGUUGAUCAAGCAAACCUCAGAUGAAGAAUUGGAGCAACAACUUGCUUUCUGCGCAGAGUCAUACAUCCCAGUUGUGAAGUACAUUCUCCCACAAGCAGCUGAUGCCAUAAGCCAAGGUCGAUAUGGGUUUGCCAGUUACUGCAUCGUUGAUGCUCAGAAGGAAGUUAAUGCCUGCGACAAGAAAUUUUCUGGCUCAUCUCAGACACCAUUAAGUGACAGAAAUUGCAUUAUGCAGAAGCUUGUGGAUGUGGCUGCAGCCAUGGUUAAACUACUAUUAAAUGGCUGAGUUUUUUUUUUUCUCCCAUUUCCAACGGGUUUGACACACCGUUUCCGAGUUCUUUCUCAGCGAAAAUGGAUCGAAAACCGAGCACGCGAGAAUGGAGAGAACAGCGAAGUUACCAGCUUCUUCCCUUCGCUUCCACCGGUUGCUCUGCAGCGUUGAUCUUGGCCGUUGAAACACGAACUCACACCGAUCGACGAUGUGUUACUCAAUCGGACGGUCCAUGUAAAAGCGUUACUUGUUCAUAUUUUAAUUCAAUUUUCGUGUCAGAUAGAUCUUUUAGUUA